AAUAUAAAAAGAAGACCGCAAGCAGUUCAGCUUCACUUUCGGGAAGCACGCUGAUUGUUUCUGACACCACGCAUCGGCAUGGUGGUAAAGGUGCUUGCGGUGGUGGUGCUCUUGGGCGCGCAGGCUGGCUGCGACCCCCACCCCUACCCGGAGUCGAGCCCGCCUGAUUGGUCGCCGUCGACGGAACAUGGCCUGGGAAAUGGCAUACACCUGGAUGACGGCCCUCUCCCGCCAUCGUCAGAGGCUUCAAUUUUUGCGCUACCGCCGAAGAAUACAGGAUGCUUCCCAACGGCAGCAUUUACUCCAGAACUAUGGCCAUCCGCGUGGACUCCAGGAUUCACACUGCCGCAAAAGUAUCCAGGUUUCUCACUGUCACCACUCACUCCAGAACACACGUGGAAUCCAGGAUUCCCACUGUCGCAAGAGAAUCCAGAUUUCUCACUGUCACAAUUUAAUCCAGGACUCUCGCUAUCGCCUUGGAAUAAAGGAUUCCCGUUACUGCCGAUAGCUCAUGGGUUCCCCUCUUUCACGUCAACGCCAACGAUCACUCCAGAAAACAAUCAUUUUUCCGUAACACCCCUAAAGUGUGGCUGCGGGUUUGUGUUUAGUCCUCGACACGGCCCCUGGAUGCCGUCGCCGCAAAAAUACCACAGCUUUCCCGCUGACAAAACAAAUUACGGUAGGCCUCAAAAAUGCAGCUGUGGAGCCGUCGUCACCCCCAACCGCGAUCCGUUUGCGCCCGAGCCACAAGUAUGCAGCUGCGGGGCUGUCAUCAGCCCGAAUAUUUACGACCCCUUUGCGCAAAAGCCGCGAACGUGCAGCUGCGGCGCAGACAUCAACCCCUUUGCGCGAACGUGCAGCUGUGGCGCAGACAUCAACCCCUUUGCGCGAACGUGCAGCUGUGGCGCGGCUAUCGACUCCUUUGCGCCAACGCCGCAAAAGUGCAGCUGCGGCGCAGACAUCAACUCAUUUGCGCCAACGCCGCGAACGUGCAGCUGCGGUGCAGACAUCAACCCCUUUGCGCGAACGUGCAGCUGCGGCGCAGACAUAAACUCCUUUGCGCCAACGCCGCAAAAGUGCAGCUGCGGCGCAGACAUCAACUCAUUUGCGCCAACACCGCAAAAGUGCAGCUGCGGCGCAGACAUCAACCCCUUUGCGCGAGCUUGCAGCUGCGGCGCAGACAUCAACCCCUUUGCGCGAACGUGCAGCUGCGGCGCAUACAUCAACCCCUUCGCGCGAACGUGCAGCUGCGGCGCAGGCAUCAACCCCUUGGCGGCACCUCAAAAAGAAUCCAGCAGUGGAGCCGAAUACAGGCCAGACUACAACCCUUACUUGUCUCAUCCAAAACCACCACCACCACCACAGCCGAAAAACUUUGAACAUAGCUUCAAACCAACAGUCAAAAAUGCUCCGCCAAACAAGCAUGAAAAGAAGUGCAACUCCUAGACAUAAGUCCGUCCCUUUCUGCUAACACAAAACAAUUCCGUCGUCAGUCGGUCUAAUAGCAACUUGUGUCUUAAAACAGAAUUGGCUGAGCCGCAUCGCUACUUGACACUUAGAUAUAAUCUAUUUUGUAAAAUGAAUGGUAACACGAACCAACGCAUACACUAUGGUCCAAAUUUUGAGGGUAGGUUUGAAUACUAGGAAAACCGCAUGCAGUAGGUUUAGUGUGGCAUUCACCAAAAAAAAAUGUACAUAAUUGUGCUAAUUAUUUUACAUUAUUAAGAUAAUUUAGUUAGAAGUGCGAUUAAAAUAGUUAUUUCUGUAGGAUGUUUAGAUUUUAAUUAUGUAUAUCUAUAAUUUUAUUGAAUAAAUUUUUAAAACAGAA